AACCAUUUGCAAUACAAAUAUCUCUCUCAACUCAAAGCUUUCCUAAUUGUGGUUUUUCCGCUCUUUUUCCCGUAACGAGUCUCACUUUUUCUCUUUCGUCUGAUUAAACCUUUUCUUUCCUCGUCUCGGCACCCACAGAGGAGGAGAGGGGGGGAUUUGGAGGAGAGAAACCCUAAUUUUCAUUCGAACGAUCUCCUUUCUAUCCAGAAAUAAUUCGAAUUGGUUCGAAUUCAUCAAGUAUUCGACGACGUCUCCCUGCUGGUAUUUCCGAGAAUUCUUUGACGGGGGAAGCCAUCGUCAUCGUGUAACCUUGAUUUGCGCAUUUUGGAAAGUUGCUUUUAUCGGCCUAGGGUUUAUCUCGCGACGCACCGAGAUCUUUUUAUGAAAUUUACGGAUUCCGGGGCUGGAAGAUGCCGGAAAGCGCGACGCCGGAGAAGGGCAUUUUGAUUUCUCCGACAAGUUCACGGUCUGUGACUGAGACCGUUAAUGGCUCGCACAAAUUCGUGAUCCAAGGUUACUCGUUGGCGAAGGGGAUGGGGAUUGGAAAACACAUUGCGAGCGAUAAUUUCACUGUUGGAGGGUAUCAAUGGGCGAUAUAUUUCUAUCCCGAUGGGAAGAAUCCUGAGGAUAAUUCGGCUUAUGUUUCGGUCUUUAUUGCGCUCGCAAGUGAGGGGACGGAUGUUCGGGCGCUGUUUGAGCUGACGCUUAUUGAUCAGAGCGGGAAGGGGAAGCACAAGGUUCAUAGCCAUUUCGAUCGGUCGUUAGAGAGCGGUCCUUAUACCUUAAAGUAUCGGGGGAGCAUGUGGGGUUACAAGCGCUUCUACAGAAGAGCUAUGCUUGAAACAUCAGAUUUCCUCAAGGAUGAUUGCUUGAAAAUUAAUUGCACUGUAGGUGUUGUGGUCUCGGCAAUAGAUUGUUCAAGGUUGCACUCUAUACAGGUCCCUGAUUCUGAUAUUGGAGAUCAUUUUGGUACACUUCUGGAAAAUCAGGAAGGUUCAGAUAUUGUCUUUAAUGUGGAUGGUGACAAAUUUUAUGCUCAUAAGUUGGUUUUGGCUGCUCGAUCCCCUGUAUUUCGUGCUGAAUUUUUUGAUGGGUUAGAGGAGGAAGAUAAGCAUGAGAUUAUUAUUACUGACAUGGAACCUAAGGUUUUUAAGGCACUGCUGCACUUUAUAUACAGAGAUACACUUAUAGAUGAUGAAGAGCUAGUUCCUUCAAAUUCAUCAACAUCGAGUUCAUCUUGUGUGUCCCCUGUGUCUGAGACGUUAGCAGCAAAGUUGUUAGCUGCAGCAGACAAGUAUGGUUUGGCAAGACUUAGACUGAUGUGUGAAUCUUACCUAUGCAAAGAUAUAUCUGUGAAUUCUGUUGCCAAAACUCUAGCCUUGGCUGAUCGUUACCAUGCCAUGGAGCUUAAAGCUGUUUGCCUAAAAUUUGCUGCUGAAAAUCUUGGAGCUGUUGUGCGGUCGGAUGGGUUCGAGUAUCUCAAGGAAAAUUGUCCAGCAUUGCAGUCUGAGAUCUUGAAGACGGUGGCCGGUUGUGAGGAAGAAUGUAGCAGUGGUGGAAAGAGCCGAAGUGUGUGGGCCCAGCUCUCUGAUGGUGGCGAUACCAAUGGCAGGAGGGUAAGGCAACGGACCUAAUAUGGGAAAUAAAAGUACCUUGGUACUUUGUUUUUGUACAACUGAUUUGAUAAAAAAAAAAACAAAAACAAAAAAAAAGGAGAAAAAAAACAAGAGAAAGGAAAACGUUGCCUCCGUCUGUCAAUCAUUUGUGGUAUGUUUCUUGGAUGAUGAUGGUGUGAUGGCAAUGUACUGGAUGUUGUUAAAUUGUAGGUUAAUAGUAGCAGCUGACAAUGCAGAGAUAAGCUAGCAACUCAACGUAUUCAUUGAACUCAGAAGCAUUUGAGAAGUAUCUGCUGACCGAACGUUAAAAUCAACUUCUGCAAACAAGAAGGUAAAUUGAACAAAACACCUGAAAUCAAAACCAAGACCUUGUUCUUAAACUGUUGAAUUUAUUUGUAGGUUAGCCCUGGGGAAUAUGCGAAUUAUACUGUAAAAACUUGACUUCGGUCAUUAGGCUAUACAGGUUAAUUUCGUUAAUAUGUUCUUCAAAUUAUAUAGCUGAGAUUGGCUUUUUUAACUA